GAUUGAUGAAUGUCAAAGAAAUAUUGUCAAAUGGUACAAUCUCAAUCAAAAUGAAAAAUAAACAACGAUGCUUGAUGCUAUGAGACGGAAAUGAGUGGUCGUAGCUAUGUUAUCGAAAAUGGUGAACAUUAAACCAAGCGUCUACGGUUUUUUGUACAAUAAAACAUUUUUGAGAAAAUUACCAUUUGUAAUAUAUAAGACUCGAUUACUAUAAAUAUGAAUAAUAAUUACCGUUUGGGGAUUAUUUAUUGAGACAAAACAGGAGAAUUAAGCUAGUACAUACUUGUUUUCUUCAUUGUGAUUUGUGGUAGUUGAUAAAUCAUGGAACAAGAAGAGGAAUAUAUAGACAAAUCGUCUAAAGUAGGAAAAUUGAUUCUAAGACUUAAUCAGUUAGAGAAAAGACCCGCUUUGGAUAACUCCCUUGGAGAGAUAUUGGAUUUAUUUCUUCAAUCUCUCAUUGAAUCAGAAGAUUUUUUCAAACAUGGAUUAUUCAAAAUCAAUUUUGCAGAAGCUGCUCUCCUCUUACAGAGUUCGUCAUUAAUAUAUAGCAAAAAAGUGGAUCUUCUAUGGGAUGUGAUAAAUGAGUUCCAAAAGCGUUUGAUAUCCUUCAAAUCGGAAGAAAAUGAAAUUGAACUUAAAAGAAUAGAAGAAAGAGAAAGGAAAUAUAAAAGGAGGAGGAGACAAAUAGAUACAUCUCGUAAUGAAGAUAAAGGCAAAUCAAAAUGUUUUCCUAUAGAUUGGAAGGAAAUUGAUGAUUUUCAACACAUUAAUUAUCAGAAAGAUUCCAAAUUAUACUCAGGCUGGUAUAAAAAAAUGGUUUUUAAAUGGGACAUACAACCUACUCCAAGGAGUAAUAGAACCUUAUCUGAUAAACAAAUUCAAUUUCGAAGUAUUGAAGAUGCAAUCUUCGAUCAAGACCAAGAAAAUGAAUUUGUUGUGCACACGUCUAAAAUGGAAUCAGUCAUUAGAUUAGAGGAGUUACUUCUAGUUAAUAAACCAAGAUUUUCUGAUUUUCCAUUCAAAUUAUAUAGUGAACUUUACUUGAUUCCAAAUUUUCUCAAAGAAAAUCAUUUGAGUUUUGAAGAUUUAGAAAAACAUUCUGUAGAAGUAGAAAAAUACAUUGAAAAAUAUAAAGAUCAAUAUUUUGUAAACAGAAAUAUGUAUGUUAAAAAUUUUGAUAAUUCGUCCUUCAAUAAGCAAAGUCCACAAAAAUUAAGAAGAGUAAGCAUAUCUUCUACUUAUGUAUCUAGACUGGAUAUGUCAGACUUGGAUAAUAUUUAUGUGAAAAAAUGCCAGGUAAAUUUAUUAAGAUUGUCGGUUGAUGAUUUGAGUAGAUUGUCUAGAUUAUCUAUAGAUGAACUGAAAAAGUCAUUCUACCACUGCUGUGAAGGAGAAGAUUCUAAAUCGGAAAAUUUUCAGGAGAACUUCUCCACUGAGAGAAAAGUUGAUAUUGAUUGCCAUAUCAUUGAUUCUUCACUUCAAAUUAUAGGAGAUAAAGACGCAGAUAUUAAUAUAUCUUCUACAGGUAAAUUAUCGAAUUGUUCAAAUUGUGGUGUUAAAGCCCAAGAUGAAGAUGAGAUGUGCACUAUCCAUGAAGAUACAUUUUAUGAUGUGGAAAACUCAAAUAGAAAUGAGUCAUCAGAAAAUAAGUCUCUGAACGAUAACUGUUCACUAUUGAAUAAAACUAAACAAAUGGGUUAUAAAAGGAAAUCAUCUAGAAUCAAAAUAAAAACAAUGGAAAUAAUUGAAGAUGAUGAUAUAAUUCCAGAAAAGAGAAGAAAAUUAUCCAAAGCAGCCCUUAAAAAAUUAGUAACGGGCAUUACCGUAGAUUUAGAAAAAUUUAAUACAUUUUUUGCAACUCAUUAUCAACCUGAAGAAGGAGAAGGGAUGGUGGAAUUACCAGAGUUGAAAUUUGAUGAUCCUAUAGAUUCUAGCAGUAGAAUAGGAAUAGAAGAUGCAUCACAACUAUCUGACCAUCCUAUACUAUGUACACAAGAUAGUGGUUAUGAGUCUCACUUUCAAGAUAAUGAAGAUACUACAUAUGUUUCUGAUAUUAAUUCACCUGUUCUCGAAUUGAAUGAUCAAACACCACAGGAAUCAUUGCAUCAUGAGCUUAAUGUAUCAGAAAAUCAUGAAGAGGAAGAAGGAAAACCUUUGUAUCAACGAGUUUAUGACUGGAAGCAAUAUAUGUCUGAAAAAUUCAAAGAUAUGAAAUCAACAGAUUUUGAUAUUCACGAAUAUGGUUCGAAUAUAAUGGAGAAUUUCCAAGAGGGGCAUCCCCAAAAAUUCAAGAAUAUAGUUAAAGGCAAAUCAGCUGCUGAAGUUACACGAUAUUUCAUUUCUGCAUUACAGUUGGCAAACACUUGUAAUAUAGAAAUUCAGGGUGUGCAAAGUGGUAAAUUAUCAAAUGAAACAUUUCAGUUGAAAUUGAUUACUAAAGAACGGUACUAUGAUCGUCUGAAAGACUACAUGGCUCCAUCCGAACAAGAUUAUCAUAGACAUUUAGAUAAUAUGCGCAAGAUGAAAAAACGUUCAUUUCCAAGUAGUUCUGGUGAAUUCAGUGGUAGUAAGCGUAACAAAUAAGAACAGAGUAUAUUUAAGAGUUUAUAGAUUAUUUUUAUUACUGUUGUUGUUUUCAAAUAAUACAUUUUAUUUAUUCAUUUCCAGUAAAAUAUAUACGAUUGAAUAAUUGAAAAGUGGCAUCAAAUGCAAGUUUAAGAAAUCUAUUAUUUGCUAUAAAAUUUCAGGAUGAAAUCUCGUUCCGAUAAAUCGAAGAAUGAGUCUCAACUCUUGCAAUCAUUCAAUUGGAAUAUGAACGAAGCUUAAUUUAACUGAAAAUUUAUUAACAAAUUUUUCGAUAAGCUGAGGAAAAAGUAUUUCCUAAUAAAGCUUUAAUGUUUUUAUGAUGAUGUGUUGAAACAGUGUAAAUAAUAUUAAAAAAGAAAUUAAUAUAACUUACAAGUACUUGAAAAUGAAAUAUUCUCAUCUUAUUAGAUGACAUUUUUAAAUCUUGUAAUACUAGUGAUUUGUUUCAUAUUUUCAAAAAUUCAUAUUCAAGGAUGGUUUAUAUAAUUUUUUCUUCAAAAAAUUUUAUUCGAGACUAUCAAAUAGUAGUCAAUAUUAUUUUAUGCAAGAUGCACUGUGAUAAAUGAGUACUAUGUAAAAAAUUCCCAAAGUACAAAAUUAAAUGGCGACCGAAUGUCCUUUAAUAUUAUGAAAUUUAAGGUUACUGAUAUAUAUCAGUAUUUCUGUUAUUAUUUUUUAAUAAUUCACAUAUUUUAUCAUAGUUUGGUGGAGUAUUAAUUUUCUUCAUCAAACUUCUGAAUUUGAAAGAACAAUUAUGUAUUUUAAACUCUGUUCAUUUUAGUUGAGUAUUUUUUCUGAGUUAAAAUAAAAUGAUGAUUUUUUUCUUCACUUACUAGGCCAUGAAUUUUCAUCAUUAAAUGUUUCAUUACAUAACAUAAGUGUACAUAUACCAGUGUUGUAUUAUAUUCGUUUUAGAAUAAUAGUACUAUAACCUCCAGAGGAGAUUCACGAAUUCUGUCUUGGAGUUAAUUUUUGUAAACAGAAUUUUUCUAUUAAAAUUUAAGUGGUGA